AUGUUCGGCAUAGCAACAUCAUGCUUUCUUGGCCGACUCUUCAUCCGUCUAAUCACACGCAAACCUCUACUGCGAUCUUCUAUAAAAAAUCUAUUCGCAAUUGUCCUUACAAACGCUAUCUUCGAAGCCCCUGAAAUUCAGCACUCCCUUGCGAUCUUACCAUACAUCGAGACGCUUAUGAACUAUAAUUCUUCUCGCAUGGCAUUUGGGGUGUUAUCCUGGACGACUAUAUACAUGAUCAAGUUCACCUUCUUUGCGUUUUUCAAGCCCUUGGUUCGGAAUUUCCGUAGCUUGACUAUCUACUAUUGGUGCUGCUUUGGGUUCACGGCUAUAGCGUACUAUAUUAGUUUCUCAAGCCUUGCCAUGAAUCGGCAUAACCAUGCCAGGUUGAGCUACGAAUGGUACAACUCGGCCUUUGCUUUCAAUUUAGCAUUGGCAUUGGUGGAUAUUAUUUCGGAUAUCAUGAUUGUCAGUAUACCUCUACUCCUACUGCGCAACUCCACAAUAGCGCUAUCGAAAAAAAUCGGUAUCGCUUCAUUCCUAUCAUUGUCCAUCUUCAUGAUCGUCUGCAGUAUCAUCCGUGCCGCAGGAUUUCUCCUACAGAACUCGUACACACCAAAUCUCUCAUGGCGAUACCUUUGGGAGGAAUUGGAAGGCUGCACUGCUGUAACAAUGGCGUCCGUGGUCGCGUUCCGGACUCUGCUUGUAUCGAAACACAAGAUUAAAGAGCCACCACGCGCACCAUCUUUCGUUGAAACGUGGUAUCGCAACCGCCGCUCGACGAGAAAGCGUUCAAUAGAUGGGUUGGCUGAAGAUGGGGAUGAGCAUGUCAAGACCCUGGGUAUGCCUUCGGCUACCUUUGGUGGAGUUCACUCACAUAUCAGGAGGAGUCAUUCUGAUGGGAAAGCUGGCACUGGGCAUGAAUCUGAGUUUGACCCUCUGGAAGGCGAUUACCAUGCCAAAAUCAGGGUAGAUUUAUCGAGGCAUACGCGAACUUAA